GAAUGAAGAACUUUUUCACUUACUGCAGGAUUUUCAGCUUCAGCAAGCAGGUCCUCAUGGAAAACUGUUCUUGAAGAGAGAUCCAUUUGGUGGGAUAUAAUUAAAAAAAAUGAAUCAAAAGAAAAUCUCUAAAUGCUGGUGCCAGAAAAAUUACAGCACACCUCAGUGAAUUUGCAAGUGCCAUAAGCCACGCCUGGUAAAUAUUAAUUGAGUGGAGAGAUGAUCUUGCACCUCUUCCAGUUACGCAUUUGUGGUUUGUCAUCUGAUUUGGAGCACUUGGAAGAUCACUGUUUUGUGUUCUGCAACCCAAUUGAGAGGAUUUUGUGGAGCUAAGUUUUACCAGUCAGGAUCAUCCUUCCUUGUGGGUUAGCAGGCAGUUAUAAGACUGCAAAAUGGGUCUCCGGAUUCACUUUGUUGUUGACCCACAUGGUUGGUGCUGCAUGGGUUUGAUUGUCUUUGUUUGGUUAUACAAUUUUGUUUUAAUUCCCAAAAUUGUCCUCUUUCCUCACUAUGAAGAAGGACAUAUUCCAGGCAUAUUAAUAAUAAUAUUCUAUGGCAUUGCCAUAUUCUGUCUGGUUGCCUUAGUGAGGGCCUCAAUAACUGAUCCAGGAAGACUCCCUGAGAACCCCAAGAUCCCACAUGGAGAAAGGGAGUUCUGGGAAUUAUGUAACAAGUGUAAUCUGAUGAGACCAAAGCGUUCCCAUCACUGUAGCCGCUGUGGCCACUGUGUGAGGAGAAUGGAUCAUCACUGUCCAUGGAUUAACAAUUGUGUUGGUGAAGAUAAUCAUUGGCUCUUUCUGCAGUUGUGUUUCUACACUGAACUUCUUACUUGCUACGCACUGAUGUUUUCUUUCUGCCACUAUUACUAUUUUCUUCCACUAAAAAAGCGUAAUUUGGACCUCUUUGUUGUUAGACACGAAUUGGCCAUAAUGAGACUAGCUGCCUUUAUGGGCAUUACUAUGUUAGUCGGAAUAACUGGACUCUUUUACACUCAACUAAUUGGCAUCAUCACAGAUACAACAUCUAUUGAAAAGAUGUCAAACUGUUGUGAAGAUAUAUCGAGGCCCCGAAAGCCAUGGCAGCAGACCUUCUCAGAAGUUUUUGGCACUCGUUGGAAGAUCCUGUGGUUCAUUCCUUUCAGGCAGAGGCAACCACUGCGAGUUCCCUACCACUUUGCCAAUCAUGUCUAAACAGAUGGAUGGUGGGCACAGAUGGGUCCUCCAUGCUGGAAAUGCGUUACAGGUUUUAUGAUAAUAGAACUAUGACAGUCUUCAAGUCAAUUAAAAUCCACCCACCAAUCUUAGGCAUCAUAAUGUGCCCCAGGCUUUAUGUUAAUAGUGAUCUUGAUCCUGUUGUGGGACUAAUACGAGAUCUAUAUUUAAGUUUUAAAGCAUGUUUACUUUCAAAUUAGCUUUCCACAGGGAUUUAUUUAAAUGCUUUUGUUAUUAAACUCAAAAGGCAGUGAUUAGGAUGAAAUAAUUGUACAUAAUUUCUUUUAGUACUGACAGUGUUACAGAUUCUAAUUUAUGGUAAAUUUCAGAUUUUUUUUUAAAAUUUUCACUUUUAAACAGUAACCAAAUCUAAGUUUAAUUAUUCAGGUUUUACAAAAGUUGAUACACCUUCUUAUAAUAUAGGUAAAUUUUAUUUUUCAAAUCCAAUUUAAAAUAACCUUUCCUUUUAAAUGUGCUGCAACAUUUUUAAAAAUGCAGCAGCAAUAGGAGUGAACAGCAGCAACAAAAAACAGGCAUUGGUUUCUUAGGAGUGGCUUUCUUAUAUUUUCUUCUUUUUUCUUCACCAAAACCAACAUUAAAGGACCACUGAAGUAAAACACCAACUACCUACCUUACUAUAAAGGAAAUGUUAAAAAUUUUUUCACAAUAAUUUUUCAGUUUUCACCAUUACUGUUGUAAUUAUUGAUUGUGAUUGAAAUAUUUGCUCCCAGGAGAACUCCUGAUCGGUGGGCAUGUAUUCCUAUUUUACCCUAAGAUUUUAAUGAGCAAAAAGGGGAGAGAAUUUGCAAUAACUUCACAAUUACCUUUUCUAGUGCAGUUAUAUUAGAAUGCAUAUGUUUUUAAAAUACUGGUAUAACUAGAUAAUAUGUAAUGUACAGUAUAAAGAGGAAUAUUGUGCUUUUGAAAAGAUUAUACUUUUUACUUUUAUUUAUGUACUAGUAGAUGUAAAAUUUCACAUUGAAGGUUUAUAUAUAUUGGCCAACUCAUAUAGAAAUUUUAUUUAUAGGAAGCUACUACUGAAAAAAGUCACUAACUUUGUUUACCUUUAAUAAUCCCUAAAUUCAAAUUAAAUUUUAAUUGGCCGGCUCUAAUUUGCAUUGAGAGACCUUUUACUAGUAGCUAGUGUUAGGAAGUGACCCUAAAAUAAGAAAAUACAAUGAUCUGUGUUUAUCAUUAACCUUAUACAAAUGUAAAUUACUAAUAGUGAUGUUCUCUCGCAAGGCAUAGAACAUUUGUAUGAAAAGACAUUUAGCAUGCUUUGAAAACUCAGCUUUUAAUUUUUUUCCAUUAGAAUACUGCAAAACUCAUAUAUGUUUUUAAAAAAUUUAUGUACUCACAGUCUUUCCCUUGAAGAGAAGAUUGAAAAAGUCUACUGUUCAUGAACCAUGCUAAUAUUUUCUUUUAGUUAAUUUUGAAAGUAAGGAACAAUACCUGGGAAAUAAUUAAACAGAAGGUUACCAUUGUUAGCCAGUUGGCUAUACUGUGGUUAGUUCUUUCAGAAAUUGUAAAUAUCUUGUAGCAUAUUCUGAAAUAAUAGAGUACUUCUCAGAGAUGUCAAUAUCAUGUUUUUCAUGUUCUAAUUGGAAUACUUUAUUACUUACAAACUCUGAAGUGGCAGACGAACGUAUUUAUUGGUACUGAAAAGAGACGUAGUAAAUUAAAUAGAAGAAAUAUAUUUAUAAAGCUUAGUGAAACACAAAAUUAGAAUGUUACUGUCAGGCAAAUGGGUUGGAAUUUGUGCAAGCUAUUUGGCCACCAUUUGGCCUGGUGACAGAACUUUUAUAAGGAAGUAAUAUAUAGAUAAUGUAGGUAGAUAUCAGUUGAAUGCCUUAUAUUGUAUACAUUCCUUUCAAAUAAGGACCUUGAGAAAACAGCAGAACCAAGUGAAGAUCCCCUAAAGAACUUUGUAGCUGAUUUAUACUUCCUGUAGUAGCAGUAGGUACACUGAAAGGUAUUGGGCGGGGUCUCUUUCCCACUGUGAUGAUUUGUGUUCUUGUUUUUCCUAGAUUUACCACUUCUAGGACAUAUUCUUUUCCUUCUUCCUCUUUACCUUUCCUGCCUGAUCACUCUGUAGUCAGUUCCCUUAAAUUAUUGGACUACACACUAAUACACUAGAAAAACAUAUGCUUAUUUUAUUUGAAUGGCAGAAAUGCUAUCAGUAUAUUUACAUAAGAAUGUAUAUUAAAGUAUGUCUAUAUAUACUUACACUGUGACUUUCAGUAUUCCCCAGUUAGCAUACCUAACCCUCCUGUGGGUAUUGUUAAUUCUUGUUAGACUACACUAGAGAAAAACCAACUGUCAGUUUCCUAAGCAUAUCUACUGGUGUUCUUUCUGCGCCCUCUUUUGGCUAAUUGAUGUAAUUAUACUGGCUCUAAAGAUUUACUGCCCCAUAAGUAAAUAGUAUAGCCACAUUCUGAACAUAUCAAAAGUAUAAACUUAGGAGUAUAUGUACAAAAAUGUAAAAUUUUAUGAAAAUGAACAUGUUUUUAUGAUGUUAUUUCUAGUUCGUAGAAUGUGAUGACUGCUUUGCUUCGUUUGUGUUCGUUCCCAUUAUAUUCUUGCUGUCAAUCACAAAUUUAUAUUAGAUUAGGAUAAACUAAGCUAUUUUAUGUAUUUUAUUUUAAACCUUACUUUGGCAGAGUAAUUCCUUAGAAUUGGAAAAGCUGUUACUUUAAAAUGACCAAUUUAUUACAAAACAUAGAAAUGUAUUGUAGCUACAAAGACAACCAAGCAUUUACUGUUAUUAAUGAAUAUCUAAAAAACUACAUUUAGUUUAUUUUACUCAGUUUUGAAAUGAUUUUUUUUACUGACUUAUGCCUUAAAUAACUAAGAGAUUAAUGAUUCUUUGUAUACUUUUCCUUUUCUUUUCUUUGUUCUUUUUUUUUUUUUUUUUUUACCUUUCCCAGAGUUAUAUCUAUAGUUUUAGUAGCCAAUUUAUUAUGUAUUCUGGAUAACUAUGAAAACAACUAAAGGUGUUGGGCAUUAGAAAAUAAUCGUGAGCAGUAAGAUUACUGAUGUAAUAUGUAUGUUGGACUGAAGUAUUUCUUUAUAAACGUUCUAUUUGAUUUUAAGCAAAAUGUAUGUUAAAGGAUGUUUUUACAUCAGUAAAGUCAUUUGUCGGCCUUCUGGAAAUGAAAGGUUUUUACCUAGAUACUGUAAGUUACACUUCCUUAACAAUCAUAUUUGUCACUGUUGUUUUCUUCAAACAAAAAUGUUUAUGGGCUUCAUGUAGGCUUAAGAUUGUAGGCAAAGAUGAACUGAGUUCAGGACCCCUCAAGCAGUAGGCAUUCAGUUAUAGAGCAAUUGGUACUUUGUAACCCAGACUUAUAGGUUAAAAAUAUCAAGUUAGCUGAUGUUUCUUUAUAAUAAAAAUACUAUUUUGCUUAA